AUGCCGUGGCUCGAGAUGUGGCUGCCUCCCGCGGCCGGCGAGGGGGCGGUGGCGGCGGGGCUGUUCCUCGACGGCGCCGACGCGGCGGCGCACGGCGCGCUUCUCGCGGCCAUGCCCGGAUGCUCCCUGUCGUUCGGGCCCCGGCACCGGCGCCUCCGGGGCGCGCAGCCCCCGGGGUUCCUGUCGCUGACGAUGUCGGUGAAGGGGGGCAGGGGGUUCGUGCCGGCCCCGGUGGGGUUGCUCGCCAGCACGGAGGAGAAGGCCGGGGCGGAGGAGUCGGACGCGCUCGUCGCGGGGAAGAGGGCGGUGGAAGUUGCUGCGGAGGCGGAGGGAGUGAUUCUGCUGCAGGAGAAGGAAAAGGAGAAGGACUAUCGUGCUGGAGCUGGCGCGAUGAACAUGACCAAGCAUCUCUGGGCUGGAGCCGUUGCUGCCAUGGUCUCGAGAACAGUUGUUGCUCCUCUUGAGAGGCUAAAGUUGGAGUAUAUAGUUCGUGGUGAGCAGAGGAAUCUAUUUGAGCUUAUGCAUGCUAUUGCAACAACACAAGGGUUGAAAGGCUUUUGGAAAGGGAACUUUGUCAACAUCCUCCGCACUGCUCCAUUCAAGGCAGUCAACUUCUAUGCAUAUGACAGUUACAGAAAGCAACUGCUCAAAUGGUCUGGUAACGAAGAGACUACGAACUUUGAGAGAUUUAUUGCUGGUGCUUUCGCUGGUGUUACAGCAACGAUUAUGUGCAUACCUAUGGAUACAAUCAGGACAAGGAUGGUAGCUCCUGGCGGUGAAACUUUAGGUGGGGUCAUUGGUGUUGCCCGCCACAUGAUCCAAACUGAAGGAUUCUUCUCGCUGAAAGAAAAGGAUAUCAAUGAUGAAGCAACAAAACAAGAGGCAAAUGCAUUGGAUCAACUUGAAUUGGGUACUGUGAGGACCUUACUCUAUGGGGCCAUUGCUGGUUGCUGUGCUGAAGCAGCUACAUACCCGUUUGAAGUGGUCCGUAGGCAGCUACAGAUGCAAGUAAAAGCAAACAGAUUGAAUGCAUUUGCAACAUGCCUUAAGAUUGUUGAUCAAGGUGGGGUACCAGCACUGUAUGCCGGUCUGAUCCCCAGCUUGUUACAGGUUCUACCAUCGGCAUCGAUCAGCUAUUUUGUUUAUGAGUUAACGAAGAUAGUCCUGAAAGUGGAGUGA